AUGCAUGCCCAGUAUUUGGAUUUGAUGGGGCAGUAUACUGGUUACAGACCACAGGGUAAGGCUGUACUUAGAGGGGACAGUCGCAUUUCUUUGUCGGCUAUCAUAGAGCAUAUGGAGGUAUUGCACCCAGACAUUACCAGCGAUAUAGAGGCUAUCCAUAUUGAGCGGUACACGAGGUUGGUGGUGCUCCUGGUUUUUCGGGGUGUCUUGUUCCCGAACACUUUGGGAAGUCUAGUGAGUAUGCACUUUCUGUAUCAUCUGCAACAGCUAGAUGAUUUACCCUUGUAUAGCUGGGGCGUUGCUAUUCUAGCAUACAUGUACAGGAUUCAUCUGGACGCCAUACAGCGACGAGUUGCUAGCUCAGCUGCCCGAUUAUUGCUAAGUCGACCGACUGCUUUGGAGCACUUCCGUCCCGAUGAUCUUCUUCGAUGUGGCUAUUGGGCAUCAUCUGUUCUACCUGUUGGGACAGGAGAUGUAGCAGCAUGGCGACAGUGCUACACUCGUUGA